AUGUAUUUGUUGAUUAUUCUAAUAUUUUUUGAGUUGGCUUUUUGUGAUUCAUCAGCUGUUCGAGUAAGUUUCUUGAUUUUCAUUCAAUUGUGGAAUUUAUUGUUUAUUAGUUCACAAAGUUUCGACGAAGGAAUUCAAACGGAAUGUUUUUGAUGUCACCAAAUAAUCUGAAUCAAGCUAGAUAUUAUGAUAUUCGAAGAGCUCCAAAGAAAAUUAUCAAAAUUCCAGAAAUAUGUCAGUGAUUAUUUUUAUCCUUUCCAAAAACAAACUACUUUCUUCAGCGAAAACUCAAGAACCUGUUGCAAUAUGUGACGGUGAUCAAAUUGGAAUAAAGUUCAAUGAAUAUUUUGGGAACGCUCAAAUAUUUGCAACACAAAAGAAAAACAUCGAUGAAUGUUCACAACAAUUUUGUCUUGGAUCAGAACCAAAAUUUGUGACAAAUAUUAAUGGACCCUGUGGGGUUGUUAGAAAAUAUACUGUGAGUUAUUUGUUUUUCUGUUUUUAAAAAAAUCUUCAAAGCGAAGAAUAUUUCAGGGCGUUCCAUCAUCGAUGAUUAUGUAUCAGAUUCGUCUUAUUUUAUCAUUCAAUUCGGUAGAAAUCACAGAAUCUGAUAAAAUAUUCGAUAUAACGUGUACUAGUCUGAUGAAAUCUCAAGAACUCGAUACUUCGUAUACGAUAAAGUCAGAAACAGUUUGAAUUUCAAAAAUUAAAAUCUAUAUUUUUCAGAAAUAUCAGUUCUUCUCUAUUGUCGAAUGUUGAAAAUAUGGCGCCCAAAUGUAAAUAUUCAUUACACGAGGGUAAUUUUGAUGGUCCGAGAACGACGUCUGCAAAAGUUGGCGAUGUAGUUAGUUUUGAAAAUAUAUAUUUUCAGGAAAAAAUGCUGAGUUUCAGAUUUAUCAUCGUUGGCAAUGCAUUUCCACUGAUUUUCUAUUCAAAGUAUACAAUUGUUUUGUGAAUGAUGAAAAUAACCGAACUUAUACAAUAAUCGAUGAAAAUGGUUGUUCACUUGAUGAAGAAAUAAUACCAACACCUGAAUAUAAUAUGAAAUUAGGAAUGAUUUACACACCAUCUAGAGCUUUUCGUUUUGCCAAAUCGAAUCAUGUUCAUUUUAAAUGUAUGGUUGCUUUGUGUCCUAAAUAUGAUCCAGAUUGUCAAAUGAGUGUGGUUUGUGGAAAUUUAUGUUGAAAUUCAUUUGAAGUUAGAUAUUUUCAGCCACCGAAAUGUGGAAAACCGAAAACAACAAAAAAACGAAGACAUCUUGAAGAAGAUAAUGAAAAUAUGACAAUUGAACAACGACUUUUGAGAAUUCAAAAAUAUAUGGGAAAUGGGAGUAUAACUUCGGUUGAUAGACAUACAAAGAAAACAAUUCCACUUUCUGCAGAGCCCAUUGAAGUUCUCAAACAAAGUUCAAACUAUGGUAUGUUAUACUUGUAUUAUUUUCUGAUGAGAAUAAUAGUGUAUUUUCAGAAAUUUUGAAGUAUGAAGGAAUUAUCUGGAAUUAUAAAAUAUGCACUUGGGUGCUGUGUUCUAUUAACAUAUUUCUUGUUUGUUUUUCCAUUCUGGUCACAUUUCGAUUAUUCAAAAACAAAUAUAUAAUGGAUAUCAAAGACAAAACCAAUACGGUAUUCAGGCGGUCGCCUUUUUAAUUUAUCUCAACUUUUUUUCCGUUGUUGUUUCCCGUAAUAAUAUAAUAUAAUAUAAUAUACGAAUUUUGUCUUUUGGGAAAACGCGAAAAAAACUAAUCAAGUAAAUUGGUUUUUUUUUCGUUUUUUUUUUUUGAAAAGAAACGAGAUGAAAUGAGAAAAUUAGUUCGCGUGUGUGACUUUGGAAGUAAAAACGCAUAUGAGAUGAUUGAUUAAAAAAAGACUAAUGGAACCAUCAGAAUAAGUAUCCAAAGACAGAUAUAGGAAAUUCUAAUUAAUAUUGCCUUUUCCCUUUUUAAUUCCGAAAUUAAGUAUUUUCCGAAGAUCAAGAAGUAUCUUAUUUCACAAUCAAGAUGCACUUCGGUCGUGAUUUUGAAAUAAGAUAUCUCGCGCGCGCAUCUUUGCCCUACUCUUUCCUGAAACCCCUUUUCCAAUUCAUGCAACUCGGGCAAAAUUGUGUUUCAUAAUCUCCAAAAAACAUAAUUCUGUUCUGCAUAUCAUUUCAAUAAUAAUAACAAUGAUAAUCCAACAAUGACGUAGAUUGCGCCGCGCAUUCAACCGCUGUUUCUCUAUUCUGCUGGCCGCGCUGAAAUCUGUCCCCAUGUGAGCGAGAAAUUAGAGAAUUUUUGUGAUACACAAAAAUUUGCAUUAACUCCGCCCUCGUUCACUUGGCAACCAAGUGCGAAAAUAGUUUUUAUAUAACUAUAAAUAUUCAAGUUCAGCGGUCUGCAAAAAGAGUACAGGUAUCAUUUUUGUAAUUUUCUCGACUUUCGAAGUGCAUACUUAUCACGUUUUUGUUAAAAAUUCAAAUUUUCCAACUCUUAUCAACGAAUUUUUGACGUAUGAAAGUAUGCAGCAUUUGUGUACAAAGAAUAUUUAAAUUUUUAAAUACGAGCAGAGAAAUUGAGAAACUUUGAUCAUUUUUCGAGAAAAUAGAUCCAUACUCAUAGAUAAUGUCUCUCUUCCUCGAGAACCCUUUGACAAUUUAUGGUAUUGCUUUUUCAAAAAGGUUUUGGUUAUUUCUGCGCAAACACAUUUUUCAUGUCAAAUUACAGCUUUGUUUGAGAUGUCUUAUGUUUUUUCCAAAAGAUGUGUCACGUUACAAAAUGACAGUAUUUUAAAUAAUUGCUAGUUUCUCAGAACAAUAAUUCAUCCUACUGUAAGUAUAUCUCCUCACAUCAUUUCUCAAAACUCAUCGAGCUCAAAUAUAUGUUUUUAUUUUUUGAGUACUACUCGUCUUUUCUUUUCAUGUCAUAAUGCAAUUUGUCUGUUUUUUUUCUUUUCUUUUUUGCUGACUUUUUUGGCGCAAAUUUUUUUGCUGGCAAAAAAAAGGAAGGAAGGAAGAAGAGAAAUGCGUUGAAAAACAAUAACAUUAUUAUUAUUAUUAUUAUUAUUGUUGAGCACCACACCACCCAACGAGUUAUUCUACCUACAUAGAUCUAUAUUUUUUGUUAUGUGAGCGGUGUGAAAAAUGGGUAUUUGUUAUGAAUAACGGAGUAGAUUUUUCUAUUAGUCGUCAAUCGGAAAACAAUGAAAAAUGAGCUGGGUUCCAUGAGAAUUUCAAAUUUGUUACGAAUAUUUUUUAUAGAUCAAAACCUUCAGAGAGGAAGUGAAUUUUAAAAACGUUCACAUGAAUUAUUAAUUUUUUCUGAUAUAUUGCAUAACUGACUAUGUUUUAAAACCUCAUUCACAAUGAUUAUUCGUGACAAAUGCAACAAUUUAUCCGCUGGGUAAACAUCAAAACGGACUCUGUGAUUUUUUCAACAAAAAACCGCUCAUUGUUAGCAUUGGCGGGGGUUAUAUUAUUGACCCCGUUGUGUUUAUUACAGACGGAACGAUGAAUUGUUUUUAGUUCAUGGUGGCACUGGUGAUUAGUUUUUUGUAUAGAAAGAAAAUAAUGCUUCUGAAUAGCUUUGUUUUUGACUAGUAGUUGACUGAGAAGAACUAUUUUGAUUUAUAAAAAAAUAUAUUCCAUGACCCGAAUCCAUUUUUAGAAGCACAACUUCUUCUAAGAUACUCAAACUACUGUAGAAUUUUCGAUUAAUUUUUUGAACCUCAAUUUCAGUUCAAUCUUUUCCCGAUUAGCCUCAGUGUGCUCCAAUUGAGUGUAUUUUGUUCCACAUGCUUUUUUUCUGCCAAGUCAUUAACUACAUUCGUUCUUCAACCAAAAAAAAAACAACUUCCUCACAUACUUGGUUUCCUUCUUUUUGGACCAAUUUUUGUUUGCAACAUUUGCCACCACCAAAAAAUAUAUAUGUAACAUUUUUUGAAUCCCAAGUGACUCUCUUCGACUACUUCCCGAUAUCUUUUGAGUUUUCCUUCCUCACAAACAACUCUCGUCGUUCUUUUCCUCUGUGUACAUUUCUCACUAUUCCAGUGUUAAGGAUAAUCCUUGAUUACAGUAGUAUUCAAAGAAAAUCUACUUAGAGCCAUUUUUUGGCUGCUUUCAAACACAAAUCCGUCAUCUACACUACACCAUUCAUAAUAUGUAUUAUAAUAUGUAUGGAAAAAAGGUGUGCCUUCAACUCCUUUUCCUUCUUUUUCUUAUUUCUUUCGCAAUUCAUUACUCUCUCAAUUUUCUCCACAUCUUUUUCUCUAUCUCGUCGAAUUGUCGCAAUAGAAAUAGUAUGCGCUGAAUGGAGAAAGUUAGAGAUACAUGUGUGUUUUGACUGCCGGCGCAAUGCGCAUGAGCGAGCGCACUGCGCUCAAGCUCCUCCCAUUUUCUAUGUGUGUAUGUGUGUGUGUGUGUGUGCGUGAGCGAUUUUCCACCAUGUUUUUUUCUAUGAAUGUUACCUAUAUGUACUUUUUCUAAAACUUUGAAAAUUGUUAUUGUUGUUAAAGAAAUUUUUUUUUAAAUGCCGACUCGGGAUUCCGAACUAACAACUAUUCUCACAAGUUCAUUUACUCCACUGCCAGUCGAAAAAAAAUUGCCAAUUAUUUCAUGAAAAAACUUCCUCUUCACAGAUAUAAUCCCUAGUGAAACAUUUUUUAGUGGCGCCAAAAAAAGAAAUGGCAAGCGGUCACAAGUUUACCACAUCACGCGUGUAAGGUUUACUUUGUUUGUUGUUUGCCUAGUAGAAGCCUUUCAAAUAUUUUCACACGGAAUUGAUUUCUUGAGAAAAAUCAAAAAUUUUCUUCAUACUUUCUUUAUGUAUACAUUUGUUUACAAUUUUUAAAGUCUAUCCCUCAUCGGUUUUUGAACCUUCUCCGAAAAUUGCUACACAUGACAACUGUGACUACUAUGACGAGCGCAGAGUUUCUAAGCAAUAUUUCUGCGUGUGAUUUUCUUCUUUGAAAAAACACUUUACGAAACAAAUUUGUCAUCGAGAAAAAAUAAUAUGUUCCUCGAAAAAACACAUCACUUUUAUUUUUUUUUCUUUACUUUAUUACAUUUUUAUCAGUUGUGACAGCGAGUAUAAUUUAAUUUCGCAUAGAUUAAUCUAGUUUUUUUUUUUCAAAAUACUUUCACUAGCAUUGUUUCACGACUCAUACGAACAAAAAGAUCCAAUUAGUUCCGAAAUAAACAGCGAAAAUUUGUUUGUUGUGUGAACAUCGGAUUUUUGUUCUUUCACAAGAAAAAACAAGCAGCUGUCGUUUUCAACUGUUUCGUGUAAGAACAUUUACAAAGAUCACGUAAUCCUUAUUUGUUUUCUAUUCUAUUGUAACCACAAAAUUCCUUGUGGAAUACUUCCCUAACUAUUAAGAAGAAACAUUGAUUAUGAGUUUGUGUUUUGCGGUAACUCCGAAUCACUCUUCAAAAAACACUUCCUGUCGUCUCCGAACAUAUGUUUUUUGAUUGAGCACGUGGUUUGGCUCCGCCAAAAACAACCACAAAAUUUCGUAACGCAAAAAAAGCUAUUUUUGUCGGCGCACUAUUCCCUUUUGUUUUGGUUCAUUAGCUAUUAAUUCCAUAAUUUUUUUGAUGUUCGAAAUAAGUAGAAGUCGAACAUGUUUUCUUCUUAUUUUAAAACUACUCCCUUGUGAGUCAUAUCAAUAUUUGACAAAUGAUGACUCAAGUGUUUAUAGGAAAAGUUUUUGUUCGAAAUUUAUUAUUUCGAUUUGUCAGCAAUAUUUCUGCCAACGUUCAAAAGUGUUCGUGUUCUCUGCAAUCACUGAUUUUUUUGCUUUUUUAUUGAACGACCUUUUGGUUAAAUUGGUUGUCUGUGGCAGAAAACACAAUUUAAUAAUGUUCGCCCUUUUUCAGUUAAAAGGUAUUUGAUGUAAAUGGCAGUUCAGGCAAUAAUAAACGGGUGAACAUAAAAAAUUGCAAUUCAAUUUCCCGUUGGUCUUGCUCGACCAGGCAAACACAUACACACAAACACAAUCGAAUUUUAAUUCAACUCUUCGUCUCUGCCUUUCGAACAUUUUGCUUGCGACUUCUUCUCUCCAUCGUUUUCUUAUCAUCAGGCUCUUCUUCUGUCGCUUCUGCUUUUUUCUUCUGCCAGCCAGCGAGCGACAGCAAGCGCCAUUGCCGCUGCCGCCUCACUUCUCCUCCAGACUCGAUAAUGCGCCGCGCAUUGCGCGCAGAUUAAUCGUUAUUUUGCCGUUGUUGGUUUUCAUUUUUUUUUCUAUUUCUCUUCUUUUCACAAUUGGCUUCUCUCGCGUCUCUUUUCUCUUCACAUAUACUUAUUCAUGAUGAACAUGUUGUUCCUCGUUGUUGUUUUUUUGCGAGGAAGCGGAGAGAGAAGAAAGAACAUAUUUAUCGUUUCGAAAACUUAACAAGCUUAUUUUCAUAUCAUUUCCUUUCUGAACGAGAAAAAAAUUAGACAAAAAAAGAAAAACGGCAUGCAUUGUUUUUCUAUUUACUUGUUUUGUCUACGGCGAAAUUGGUUUUCUUCCGCCGUGUUUUCUCUCGUUUUUUUUCAAAAAAAAAAAACAAAUUUCAAAAUAUCCGAAACAUCUUUUUAAGACUAAUAAAAUUAUCAUCAAAAGUUAACUUUGCGAUUUCGUAAUUCCGCGACAAAAAAAAUAAUUUUUUUUUAAAUUGAAAAAAAUGAAAAAAAAAUAAAAAUAAAGGCACACACAUUUAUUGGAAAUGGUCUCACACCGUUCCACGUUUGCCAACCCGCCACAACGUCCACUUCGAAAAAAAAAAUGAUUUUUUUGCAGUUUCUUUUUUCAGUUCUCAUAAAAUGUAACUUGAUAUCGUUCAUUUAACUCAUCAUAAAUGCAAAUUUUCUUCGCCGGGUUCUUUGGUAAUUCAAUCGUUUGUUCCCAUAACCCUUCAACUAUCAAGUUACAUUUACAAAUUUGGUCUUUAUGUUUUUAUUCUAUGUUUCGCUUGGACUAAAAAAAGUGUUUACAAAACUAGUUUUCCUAUACGUGACCCUUAAAUAUUUGAUAUCUCACUUGUUAUCUCUUCUCUCUUUUCAUCAUUUCAUUUCGCGUUCUUUCGUCAGUUUUGGUAUAUUUUAUCAUUCGUCCGCUAUUGAUUUUUUUGUUGUUUACAGAACCAACACACAUUAAAAUGGCCGAUCAAUUGACCGAGGAACAAAUCGCCGAAUUCAAGGAAGCAUUCAGUCUUUUCGAUAAAGACGGAGAUGGUACCAUCACCACAAAAGAAUUGGGAACUGUCAUGAGAUCUCUUGGACAAAAUCCAACUGAAGCUGAAUUGCAAGAUAUGAUCAACGAAGUUGAUGCUGAUGGAAACGGAACCAUUGAUUUCCCAGAAUUCCUCACAAUGAUGGCUAGAAAAAUGAAGGACACUGAUAGUGAAGAAGAAAUUCGUGAAGCCUUCAGAGUCAGUUUUUUUUAUGUAUUACUUUCUUUCAAAAAAAAUUGUGUUGAACAUUUUGACACACCAUUAAAUUAUUCAUUUCGAUGUCAACGAAAAUUGCAAAUGUCACGAAAUGGAGGAAUAUGAAAUUUUGAUGACUUACUCGUUUCAUUAUUUUUCGUUUGAUAUUUUUCAUGAAUUUCAACCUCUAAAAAUCAUGCAUUCAAAAUGAGAGCGAAAAUCAAAAAUAAAUGAACAUUCAUUUUUUUUAGGUAUUCGACAAAGACGGUAAUGGUUUCAUCUCAGCGGCCGAACUCCGUCACGUAAUGACAAAUUUGGGAGAAAAAUUGACAGAUGAAGAAGUUGAUGAGAUGAUCCGUGAAGCCGAUAUUGACGGAGAUGGACAAGUUAACUAUGAAGGUAUAUAUUUCAUUUUAUUUCUAUUAAUCAGUCGAACAUUAUAAUCUUCUGAUUGAUAACAUAUUUGGAAGAAAAAUACGAUUUCUAACGAAAUUUUUUUUCAGAGUUCGUCACAAUGAUGACCACCAAGUAA